GAGCAUGAAACAGGGCUUCUCUAUUUUAAAACCCAACAAAAUCUUCAUUAGUUUAAUAAUUCCAUGCGUCACCCACACGCAGAAAUCAAGCUUAAGAUUUAGAACCACCGGUCCAUUAUCCACUAAAAUGGCGAAUCAGGCAGUCAGCGGGUCAGAGAAAAAGUCAAUCACUCAUGUCAUCUUUGACAUGGACGGCCUUUUGCUCGAUACCGAGAAAUUCUAUACAGAAGUUCAGGAGAUUAUACUUUCAAGAUUCAACAAAACGUUUGAUUGGUCUCUAAAGGCAAAGAUGAUGGGGAAGAAAGCAAUAGAGGCUGCACGGGUGUUUGUUGAAGAGACUGGGAUCAGUGACAAACUUACAGCUGAAGACUUCCUGGUUGAACGAGAAUCUAUGCUGCAGGAAAUGUUUCCUACAAGUGAACUCAUGCCAGGUGCAGGCCGUUUAAUCAAACAUCUGCAUGCCACAGGAGUGCCGAUUUGUGUUGCAACAGGCACUCAUAAACGACACUUUGCACUGAAAACACAACAACAUGGCGAGUUAUUUUCAUUGAUGCAUCAUAUUGUGAUGGGUGAUGAUCCAGAAGUUAAACAAGGCAAGCCAUCACCAGAUAUAUUUCUCGCAGCUGCCAGAAGAUUUGAGGGUGGAUCGGUAGAUUCAUCGAAGAUUCUUGUUUUUGAAGAUGCACCCUCAGGAGUUCUUGCAGCUAAGAAUGCUGGAAUGUCUGUAGUUAUGGUUCCAGAUCCAAGAUUGGAUAGCUCAUUUCAUGAAACAGCAGAUGAAGUUCUGAGCUCACUGUUGGAUUUUAAUCCAGCUGAGUGGGGCCUCCCUCCAUUCACUGCUUCAGCAACCUAGGAUAUACUUUAAGGUAACACAAAACAGCUUCAGAAGAUACUCACUAAGUCACUAUCUUCUGGGAGCAAAAAGGUAAUAUUCGAGGGAUAGAUUAUUGCACGAAACAUCACAUUGCUUUGAUACUUGAUAUGUGUCUGGACACAUUUGCCAAACACGGUCCAUUUUAUGAUAUUUGAAUCAUGCUUUUUGUUAGCUACAAUUGUUCUAUUGUUUACUAUGUCCUGGGCAUCAGAGUUAUACAGCUGACAGAUAUGUCUUUCGGUGUUUGAAGUCUGAGUGGGGUGUCCAGGAUUGCAUUCUGAAAUAGUGUGCAAGUGUGUUCAAACUGCAUAGUCAGUUUGUAGGUGACUUUGAUUAUCCGGCAACUUAUAAUAUGUACUAAUAAAUUUGAAAGUAGGUUAUUCAAAACUGUAUAUCUAAUAAUUCCGCACCUCAUAAUCUAUUUAGUCUAAUUUUUCUAUGUAAGAGAGAACGAUGUUUCAUGCA